CUAAUCCUAAACAAAUAAUUGUCAGCUGAUCCCAACAAAUCAAAUCUCCCAAAUUGUAGGGUUAGGGUUUCAGAAAUGGACCAAGAGUCCUCGGUCUGGGAUUGGGGAAAUCUCCUUGAUUUCUCUCUCGAGGACGCCGAUCCCUUGCUCCUCCCUUCAUGGGAUGUCUCCGAUCACCACCAGCUCCCCUCUCCCCACCCCACACGCCACCGCCAGCCGCCACCGACGCCGCCGGCGGUGGCGGCGGAGGCAGCGGAGGCGGAAGGAUCUCCAUCUCAGGGGAGCGGCGGGAAAGUUCGGAAGCGAGAUCCGAGGUUGGUGUGGCGAGAAUUUCUUGGCGGAAGGGUGGCCAUGUGCUUGCCUGAGGUGGACGAGAUGAUGCUAGGGAGGAGGAAGAGGCGGCAGGCGGCGGCGGAGGGAGGGAAGAGUUUAGGUUUAGGAGAAGGAGGGCGGCGCUGGUCGGCCGGGACGGUGGCGAUGGUGAGGUGUCAGGUGCCGGGGUGUGAGGUCGAUAUCAGAGAGCUGAAAGGGUAUCACCGGAGGCACAGGGUUUGUUUGCGGUGUGCUAAUGCUCCAUCGGUGGUGAUCGAGGGGGAGGAUCGCCGGUACUGUCAGCAGUGUGGCAAAUUUCAUACAUUGCCAGAUUUUGAUGAGGGCAAACGGAGUUGUAGGAGAAAAUUAGAGAGACAUAACAGGAGGCGGAGAAGAAGACCUGCUGACCUAGUAAGUACAGAAAACGAAAAGGGACCUCAAGCAGACCUUUCAGCAGAAACAACUUAUGACGAGGAGUCAAAGGAAGAGAAUGACUUUGGUUGUGAGACGGUUCUAAGCAGUAAAGUGAAUGACAGAGAAGUAUUAUUAGAAUCUGAUGAUGGACAUGUGUCUCCCAUUUGUUCGCUUCCUAAUUCUCAAAAUAUGCAGAGCAAUGGCAUCAACUCCUUUGCUGUUCCUGGUGAAGCUCAUAUCGAGGAAGAAAAAGAUAAUUCUAGAUCUGGCCUUUCCUCUUCAAUUUGCGACAACAGGACUGCUUAUUCAUCUGUGUGUCCAACAGGACGUAUAUCGUUCAAGCUUUAUGAUUGGAACCCUGCAGAAUUUCCUAGGCGUCUACGCCACCAAAUAUUUCAAUGGUUGGCCAGCAUGCCAGUGGAGUUGGAGGGUUAUGUCCGCCCUGGCUGUACAAUAUUGACCAUAUUUAUUGCUAUGCCGCAAUUUAUGUGGGAGAAGAUAUCUGAGGAUGCAGCUCUCUAUAUAAAAGAUCUGAUCAAUGCACCUGAAAGCUUACUACUGGGAAGAGGCAACAUUUUUAUUUUCCUCAGCAACAUGAUUAUUCAGGUACUGAAAGAUGGAUCAUCAUUAAUGAACAUAAAGAUGGAGGUCAGAGCUCCAAGGAUUCACUAUGUUCAUCCUUCUUAUUUUGAAGCAGGCAAACCUAUAGAGUUUGUUGUAUGUGGCAGUAAUCUUAACCAGCCAAAAUUUCGGUUUCUUGUGUCCUUUGUUGGAAAAUAUGUGGUUUUCGAUUCUUGCUGUCCCAUAUCUCAUGGGAAAAUCCUGCCUUAUGAUGGAAAUGAGAAUUCUUGCCAAGAAUCCGAUCAUGAAAUGUUCAGGAUUCGUAUAGGUCAGACAAAUUCAAGAAUAUUUGGUCCUGCUUUUAUUGAGGUUGAGAAUGAAUCUGGAAUUUCAAAUUUCAUUCCUAUCCUUAUAGGCAACAAGCAUAUAUGUUCAGAACUAGGGCGGAUGCAAGCAGUACUCAAUGGAUCUCUUGUGGAAAGUGUAACAUCACAAAUUGAUAUUUCUUGUCCUAAUCCUAGCUAUUGUGAGCUGUUUGUAGCAAAACAAACAGCAAUAUCGGAACUGCUUCUGGAUAUUGGAUGGUUGCUCAAGGAGCCUUGUAAAGGUGCGAGUGAAGCUGUCUCCAAUUCAACAAAUCUUCAGAGGUUAACUUGCUUAUUGAAGAUUUCUGUUGAGAAUGAGCUUGUCAAUGUCCUGGAAGUAAUAAUGAAUUAUUUGGAUGUUAUGAUUGGUACUGCGGGGAUUCAGGAUUCAGAAUGCAUAAUGCCUGAAGACGAUUUACAGUUACUUCAAGGAUAUGUAGACCGUGCUAAAGAAAUUAUUAAUCAGAGGGCUCUACAUUAUGCGAGAUCGGGGGUAGAUACCAAUUGGAUGCAGAGGGAUAGUAUGCCUCUAAGCUGUUCUGUCAGUGCAAAGAUUCAGGAUGGCGAGGCAAAUAAUGGAGAUUGUUCAUGCUCAAAUGAAAAUAUUCCGUUUAUGGAUAAAUCAAUGGGGAACAGAAAAUACCGCUACGCAAAUCAACCAAUUGAUUGGCAUCAAAAAUUUUGGACAGACAGUUUUCCUUGCACAAUCACAGGUACACGCCUCGUUUUAUUUGCAACGGUUAGUGUGGUUAUGUGCUUGAGUGCAUGUGUUAUGCUUCUCCAUCCUAUAAAACCUGGAGACAUUGCUGUCUCUAUUAGAAGGUGCUUGUUCAGGUACCCCUUUCCUUAGAAAAUGAGCAGGUGAUGUUUUUUGUUUUCUUAUUGUUUGUAUCUUAUGUACAUUUUUGUUGGUGUAUUAUAGCAUUUGGUUGUGAGAAUAGUUGAUCGAGUUUUUAAGUAAUAAUAUUCCUUUUCCUUAUA